AUGAAGGCAUUCAUCAACAAAACAGAUGAACAAUUUGAGAAUUAUAGCACGGCUAUCCGGAAUUUAGAAAGACAAAUGGGACAGAUUGCGAAUUUGUUAUCUGAGAGGACUCCCGGUACUCUUCCCUCUGACACUGAAAAUAACCCAAAGAAAACAAUCAAAGUUGUAUCUCUGAGAAGUGGCAAAGCAUUGACUGACCCAAAGGUGAAAGUUAGACAUGAGGUAGUUAGCAAGAAGAUUGAGACACCAACAGAGAAAGAGAGUGAAGAGAAAAAGAGCCAGAUUAGCGGGGUACAAAAGAAGAUUGAAGAAAGUAGACAUAUGCCUGCUCUACCAUUCCCUCAAAAGAUGAAGCGGGAGAAACUUGACAAAUGUUUUGGGCAGUUCUUAGAGAUGCUCAAGCAACUGUAUGUGAACAUUCCUUUCACAGAGGUACUCACUCAGAUGCCUGCUUAUGCCAAGUUCUUAAAGGAAAUCCUGUCUAGCAAGAGAAAAUUAGAGGAAACAACAGUGGUCAAGCUAAAUGCCCACUGCAGUGCCAUCUUGCAAAAUAAAAUUCCCCAAAAGUGUGGGGGAUCCAGGAAGCUUCACCAUACCAUGAUCGUUGGGGAGUGA